CGCAUAGCUAUAUCCUCAUACUAUUUCAGUCGCCGGCAAUGAAUCGUGCCAGUGUGACCUUCAUUUGAACCUGACAGCAGAAUCCCGUACUCGUCCACCAGUCCCUGGGAUAAUUUCCAUUUUUAACAGAAAAUCAUCGCCGAAUCGUUAAAAUGUCACGGGAACGCGCCUCCAGAAGAUUUUACCGUGUAGAAAGCACUCAUGAUCUGACGGACUUUAUGGACCGCGGUCAUUCCGCACAGCAUGAGAACCGAUGGAAUUUUGAAGUAGCAUGGGAAGCUGCCAAUAAAGUGGGCGGAAUAUAUACGGUUAUAAGAUCAAAGGCCUAUGUCUCGACCGAGGAAAUGGGCGAUCAGUAUUGUCUUUUGGGACCGUACAAGGAAGCUUGCGCCAGAACGGAAGUAGAAGAAACUGACUUUCCUCACCAUAGUCCUCUUCAAAAAGCCGUUCAGGUUUUACGUGAUCAAGGAUUCAAAGUGGUGACGGGAACAUGGCUGGUUGAUGGCAACCCUCAAAUAAUUUUAUUUGAUAUUGGAAGUGCAGCGUGGAAGUUGGAUGAGUAUAAGCAGGAAUUAUGGGCCACCUGCAAUCUUGGAAUUCCUCAUCUGGACAUUGAGGCCAAUGACGCCGUUAUUCUUGGAUACCUUGUCUGUCAGUUUAUCUCUGAAUUCAGAAAGGCCGCUGAGGAGUAUUCAACUGUUCAUCCACGAGUUGUGGUUCAUUGUCACGAAUGGCAGGCUGGUGUUGGUUUGAUUGCUUUACGAACGAGACACGUAGACGUUGCUACUGUUUUCACAACGCAUGCUACACUUCUUGGGAGAUAUCUCUGCGCUGGCAAGAUCGAUUUUUACAAUAGUUUAGAUAAGUUCAAUGUUGAUGAGGAAGCUGGCAAACGUCAGAUCUAUCAUAGAUAUUGUAUGGAACGUGCAGCUAGUCAUCUUGCUCAUGUGUUCACAACAGUUUCUGAUAUUACCGGCAUAGAGGCGGAACAUUUGCUCAAACGGAAGCCCGAUAUCAUCACACCUAACGGAUUGAAUGUGAAAAAAUUCUCGGCGAUGCAUGAAUUUCAAAACUUGCACGCUAUUAGUAAAGAAAAAAUAAAUGAAUUCGUUAGGGGUCAUUUCUACGGACAUUAUGACUUUGAUCUGGAUAAAACAUUAUACUUCUUCAUUGCUGGACGAUACGAAUUUGGAAACAAGGGAGCUGACAUCUUCAUCGAAGCAUUGGCUAGAUUAAAUCAUUAUCUUAAGACGUCCAGACCGGAUGUGACUAUAGUUGCUUUUCUUAUUUUCCCAGCGCGCACAAAUAACUUCAACGUCGAGUCGCUUCGUGGUCAUGCAGUUACGAAAUCUUUGAGAGAUACUAUACAAGAUAUACAGCAAAAAAUCGGAAAACGCAUGUAUGAAUUGUGUUUAUCUGGUCGUAUGCCAGAAAGUCAAGAUCUACUACUAAAAGAUGACAUUGUCAAAAUCAAAAGGUGUCUUUAUGCAUUGCAACGAAAUGGCUUACCUCCAAUCACAACACACAACAUCGUGGAUGAUUGGAAUGAUCCAAUAUUGAGUGCAAUUAGGAGAUGUAAUCUUUUCAACACGGUCAAUGACCGCGUGAAGGUCAUAUUCCAUCCAGAGUUCCUAUCUUCGACCAAUCCUCUUUUUGGUUUGGAUUAUGAAGAAUUCGUCAGAGGAUGUCAUUUAGGUGUUUUCCCUUCGUACUAUGAACCAUGGGGUUAUACACCUGCUGAAUGCACCGUGAUGGGAAUACCGAGCAUUACUACGAAUCUGUCUGGUUUCGGUUGCUUUAUGCAAGAGCAUAUAGCAGAUCCUAUGAGCUACGGUAUUUACAUUGUAGAUCGGCGGUUCAUAGGUUUGGAAAAUACUGUCCAGCAGCUCGCUCAGUACAUGUUCGAUUUUGCCCGACUUAACAGAAGGCAACGUAUCAUUCAGAGAAAUCGUACAGAACGUCUAAGUGAAUUACUCGACUGGAAGAAUCUAGGCAUUUAUUAUCGGCAGGCAAGAAUCAAGGCACUGAUUACUGUGUAUCCAGAACUUGCAUCGGAAUUCGACGAAGGUGGUGGCAGCCGAUUUAAUUUCCCAAGGCCGAUCAGUGAGCCGCCGUCGCCAUCUUCUUCUCGGCAUACUACUCCUGCCGCAUCAGUUCAUGGAUCGGAAGAUGAGGAAGACGAAGUUGACGAAGAGAAGGAGCUUGAAGAAUUGCGACAAGCGAACGGAAGAUAAACACAAAUUUCACGAUGCGUCCCAGGCCUCUGCGAUGCGUUAGGCAUACAUCAUAUACUUGUAAGACAUUUGUUUGUACGUCAACGAGAUUCCUGGCUAAUCGAGUCUUGAAAAUUCGUAACGUCGUGUGUAAAAAAAUAUAUCGGUUUUACGUUAUAUUUCAUCAACCUGUAGGUACAAUAUGAGCUCGAAUAUUUCGCAAAAUUGUGUUCCCUUCUACAAUAAUCAUGCCGACAUUAGUAGUUACUAUGCCAUUUGAUUAAGAUCCGUUUCAGUUAUUGGCAUCAGAAUGAAGAGCUAUAGUUGUAACGAAUCCAUAGGUAAUUACGCGAAUAGUAUUAUUCCUUACCAUUAGUCGCCAUAACCAGUUCAUUACCAGCAAUAAUCUGUCAUGCAUUGCCAAAUAAGAAUGUAUAACGUUCGCAAUAAGUGAAGAGUACGAAUAUGUCACGAUAUUUCAUUUGAUUAGUAACUAGGUAUAGUAUAUGGGAAGUUAAGACAUCAAUUUCGAAAGAGCUUCGUGAAGUGGUUUCACAUGGCAAUACAAUUUUUUAACGCGUACACUCCUUAAGUAUACUUUACAAUAUGUAUGUUGUAUAAACCUCCAUCUUUACCACAAUAUUGUUACAAUGAGAAAGUAUGCAGUAUGUUAUGAACAUAAAAGAAUUGUGUUAUUGUUAUA